GAACCGGAACAGCGAAAGGUAUUUUCCCAAGUUUUUCGAACAUGGCGGCGAACCUCCCUCGGGAAAGACUACCUGCACACCUGAGUUACGGUGUUACGAGGGACGGGAGGGUAUUUUUUAUUGAUGACCGACUUCAGACGACGUCUUGGUUGCAUCCCUUGAGUGGCGUGCCGAUACAAACAGGUCACAAGCAGGUGCAAGGACUCCCUCGGGGCUGGGAACAAGCAGUCACGCAGGAAGGAGCUAUUUACUACAUAGAUCAUAAUAAAGGGACCACAACAUUUGAUCACCCGUGGGAGAAACCGAAACAUCAUGCCCCUUCUUCUCCCAGUUCCCCACCAGCCUACCCACCAUCUCCGGGGAGUCCAUCAGACAAGCAGAUAAAGAUAAAUUCGCCAAAUAAAUUAAGGCCGCUAAAAGCACCACCAGCCAAACGAGACGACAACGCCAUGGUAACCUUGAAGGGCUGGCUUUACAGACAGGAGAGUGGAAGUUGGAAGACAUGGAAAAAACGUUGGUGUGUCCUGUCCAAUUUCGGACUCUUCUUCUACAAAGAUGACAAGGAGAGUCACACAGUGGGAUCCAUACUAUUGCCCAGUUACAGAAUUGAAGAGUGUGGGCCAGCAGACACCAGCAAAAAGUUUGCCUUUAAGGCUGAGCAUAACAACAUGAAAACGUACAUGUUUGCCUCAGACACACAGGACGAUCGCACACGCUGGAUUGAGGCUCUGAAGUGUGCAGCAGUCCUCAAAAACCCUCCUUCGAAGGAGAAAGAGACAAACAACAACACACCUCUCCCCAAGCUGAUUCCUAAGUCACCGUUCAUGACAUGGGAUGACGAUGAAGAUGAAGAUGAUGACCAAACACCUAGAGGACUGUCAUCAUGGCAGAAUAUGUUAUCUAAGGGCAAUGAUCCGGGACCCAGUCAACCAACCACCCAACAGCCACAUAAAUCGCCUCAGGACGUCAGAGGGGCACCCGAAGGUCAUUAUCCAAAGAAUGAUCCAAGAUUUGCGGAUGGAGAUCCCCAACAGCGGGGGAAUCAACAGGGCCGAGAUGAUCCCCGCAGACAGUAUCCGGGUAACCAUGCACGACCCCAAGAUGACCCCAGAAUUGUGGAUCCGCGAAACAGAUAUUUACAUGAUCCUCAUCAUGGUGAAGAUUAUUCUCCUCAGCCUAACAAUCCUAGGGCAGUUCCUCAGCCCCAGGAGCACAGACAAUACUCUCAGCAUCAGUCCCGACCCCCUGGGCCGGAACAGCAUAUCAGUGAUCCAUACACUCACAGCAAUACUCACAAGGAUAGGCAGCGCCCCAAUGGGUACGGGGACAUGGGUAACCAAGGUCAGUUAGGUCAAGGUGAACAGGAUCCCUAUAGUUACAGUACCAAACACCAUAAACACCCAGGCAAUAUGCAACAAAGGGAUGCUAGGCAGGACCCUCGACAGGACCCUCGACAGUUUGACUCUCGUUUAGACCCAAGACAUGAUCCACGCCAAAUGGAACCCCAACAAAUUGACCCAAGACACGACCCUCACCAGAUGGACCCUCGGCAAAUUGACCCAAGACACGACCCUCACCAGAUGGACCCUCGGCAAAUUGACCCAAGACAUGGCCCUCACCAUAUGGACCCUCGACAAAUCCACCCAAGACAUGACCCUAAUCAGGUGGACCCUCAACAAAUGAACCCAAGACACGACCCAUACCAUAUGGACCCUCACCAAAUGGACCCAAGGCACGAUCCUCAUCAGAUGGAUCCUCGACAAAUUGACCCAAGACACGAUCCUCAUCAGAUGGAUCCUCGACAAAUUGACCCAAGACACGAUCCUCAUCAGAUGGAUCCUCGACAAAUUGACCCUCGGCAAAUGGACCCAAGUCAUGAUCAUCGCCAGAUAGACCCUCAACAGGACCCAAGAUACUCUUUGUCAAAUAAAGACCCUUAUGUGAGUAGAAAGGCUGAUUCGAUGCCAGCCCAGUUUGUGAGGAGAGGGGAGGACCAGAGCAGGAGGAGAGACUCUCUCCCUGGUCAUUAUAAUAAAGACAGGUCCCCUAACAGUAAUAGAGGGACAGACAUUUCACCCAAUAGUAGUUUGGAUCCUUAUUCGGGUAGGAAAAGUGAUUCACUCCCAGGACAAUAUACAGGAGGAAGGGACAUUUCACCCAACGCAAGUAAUUACUCUGAUGCUGCAUAUGACAGAUACAGCGGACAACCAAAUAUACCUCAGCAGUCCGGGCGAGUCCCUGACCCUCAAGACCCCUACAGCAUGGACCAGUACAACCCAGGGUCAAGGUCACAGGAUCCAGGGCCAAGGUCACAUGAUCUUGGCUACAGUGAAGGGCCAAAUCAAAGAUUGGAUGAUCGAGAGGAGGUAAUGAUGAGUCAUAGAGAUGUUCCCCAGCACGCCAAAUACAGACCUUCAAAACACGAUACUCCCUCAGAACGUUCUAGUGACAUUGAGGCUCCGCGACAGUCAGAAUACGACGGAUUUUACUCACCAACACGUGAGUCUAAACAACGAGAACUUGCCAACCGACCUCUUCCUGCCAUAAAAGUUUCAAAUAAAACCGAGAACCCACCUGUAAAGUUAAAUACUCACCAUCAGCGAGAGGACACUGACGAUGGUUACAGCACCCUAACGAAAUACCAGGAACAACGACGCAAGAAAGCCCAGGAUCAGCUGGAGGCACAACAACUAGGGCCAAGGUCACAGCACGACCUCUAUGACCAUGAUCAAGCCUACCCUAGGCAACAAGAACAGCCUCUGGAAGUCAGGGCACCUGAAAAUCAGAAUGAAGCUUUGCACACCUACGUAAACUUGCCUGACAGGGCCAGUCUGAGAGACCUUCAGGACCGUGACGUCGGGGUGGAGUAUAUAGAAGAGGUGCCCGAACGUCCUCCCCUUCCCACUGCUGUACGCAAACAAAUUGUGCAGGAAAUUGCUCAGGCCAAGACCCCAAGGACAUCAGAGGAGCUGUUGGAAGCUGAGAGGGCCCUGGAGACCAGGAUGCAGCAGCCCUCCUACUUCGACUAUCCUACACCUGUGUUUCCUCCAAAGGAUCACCCUGUGUUUGAUGAGGAAGCUGAACCUGCAAGCCGGCAACAUGGACAAAGGAGUAACAACAGUUUACCUAGGCCGUGGAAUCUCCCAGCAGGAGACGAAUACACAAGGGGCGGUAAUACUGGUUAUUAUGAUAACCGGGUGAACGGAAGUCCAUCAAGGGAGAGAACUGUGCCAAAACAAGUGUAUGCACAAGGACACCAAAGACAGCCAGAAGGGGACAGGCGACGAAAGGACAGAACCACGGGAAAGCCAGGUGGUUUAUCCUCAGCAGUAGAGGAAGCCACAGAUACCCAAGUUAGAUCCAUCUGGGACAGACCUGAGGAUGGACAGACCGAGACACAGGAGAAAGUGCCUUCGGAUAGUCUAGAUCCGAAGGAGGGAUCCAAUCCGAGGGAUGUUGAGGGGCUACCAGAGGGAAAUAUAUCUAAUAAUACAAACAGAUCAAUUGAGAUAUUAGAAAAAAACUCUGAUGAUUCUGUUGAAAUAUCUAGUGAAGGCCAUGUCGACAGGUAUAGAUCAACAGAAAGUCAGCUGGAUAGGUAUAAGUCAGCUGAAGGGGUGGUGUACACCCAGGUCAAUAGGCAGGUACGGAGGGAAGGCAGAGACGCAAGGGGAACAGGCGCGUCUAAGACAGACAGUGGAAACAGAGAAACAACUAGGGAUAGGUCCAAAACACUAACAAAACAGAAGGAGAACCAUGCAGAUAGAAAGAAAGAUGGUGAGAAAGACAAAGGCAGUCGAUCCCAGCUUGAAAGUACAGGCUCAGGUCAUGUGAUCAGUAAUUAUGCCAACAUGAAUCCUCUUGACAUGCCCUAUGAGGAGGUCCACAGGCUUGAGGUCAGCAGCGAGGAGGAUGAGGCUGACAUGGCUAGCAGGAGGAGAGAACGGCGGUCAGCCUUCCGUCCACUCCUUAGCAAACCAAAAGGCAAGGACACUUUCCAGCGCCUUGACCGUCUGAUGGGUACACCACCCUGUCCCCCAAGCCCUGCGGUGUCAGAGACGGUCAGCAAAACUACUCUACCCAGUGGUUACAUCCAACCAGCAUAUCAUAAUGACAGCAAGCAGAACUUGUUUGAUGAGGAAGAGGAGGAAGAAGAAACAAUGGUCAAAAAGAGGAUAUCCAUGGCUAGUAUAGCGAGUUCUAAGGGGUCACAGUUCAGAGGUCACAACUCCAUAUCAGGUGAGGGAGGUAGGAGACAACAUGGGAAGAUGGACCCCGGACCUAUACAUACAGUGAAAGAGGACCCUGAUAUGGCUGAUGAGGAUGUCAUAGAAUUCCGGGGUGUUCCCAACUUGGCAAAGAAGUAUCCCUUGAGUGGUGGUCGCAUCAGAAUGAGCAUCUCCGCUGGUGACCUCAUCGGCAAAACGCACGACGAGCUUGUGUUGCUGUUGAUCCAGUUAAGACGAGAACAUGCAGAUCUAGAAAAGGAGCGCAAUUUCUUCAGAGAGAAGGUAGACCAACGGCGUGCCUCGGAGCAAAACUACAGACGCCUUCUCCAGGAGUCAGAUGGACCAUUUGACCAGCUGACUGAGAGAGAACAUUAUGAAUUCAUGCAACUACGCAGCCAGCUGGACGAUGCUGAGAAAAGGUUGGAGGUGUACAGACCCAUGGUCAAUCUGGUCCACAACAUGGUCAAUAUGGGCAGUCUGUACGGGGGAGAUAACUUCAUGUUGGCCAGUCAGUACAGGAAGCACCUGCUGUCUCCAGAUGAGUUCACUCCACCCAAGAAGAUGUUGGAGUUCUCACGGAAACACCAGGAGGAAAAGAUCGUACAUGGCAUUAAGGAAGAUAUCAAACAGCUGUCUUCUGAUGAGGUCAUUCUGGAGGACAAACUUGAAAAACUCUAUGAGUUAGACCGACGGAUGCAUGAGCAAUCGUACCAUGUAGCGCAGGCCCAAGAGGACAAAGACAUGCUAGAGAAGGCUCUACAGGGAAUCCUACGCCAACAGGACAUGUGUCGGGACAACAUACGCGAACAAGACCAGCUCAUACACCAACAGAGGACCAUAGAAAAGGAGAUCUCCCGCGUCAUGCACCAACUGGCCAAGUCCUCUGGGGAUCUUGAAGAAACUACAGCAGAAAACAACAUGAUUGAACAUGAAGUAGCAUUACUAAGGUCAAAAGUCACAGGAGAAUUGUCUCGUAGCAAAAGUGCUCCCUCUUUGUCUAACGAAAGCCUUAGAAACAAGAUGAAGAUGGAAAAAGACUUGGCUCAGGUCAAGAACAUCAUGGCUGGAUUAAAUCAGCAAGGGGCAGAACUGUCAGAAGCCAUGAACACGUUACGGAGGUCAUCUGCCGGAGCCAAAUUCGCAUCAGCAUUUACUAAAGUCGACCAAAACAACUUGCCUAAGCCUGCACCUAUGAGUACUUACUUUGAGACGGAUCUUGACUCAGCCAAAACAACAGAUCUAUCACAGGUGCAGGAGAUAUUGAUAUCCUAUCGUGAUCAGACACCCGUCCAGACCUCACCAACAGUAACUGUCAAGUCUCAGCAUCAACCAAUCAUGUCCAUUAAGACCACAUCAAGCCUGGAGAGUAGCCCCAGCAGGAUCCCUGCGGUGGAAGACACAGUGGACGGACAGUGGGACAUAGAAGAAGCAGACGACAACACUAAAAGAUUUUUCGGUAUCCUGCCCAAGGACAAGCCUAAGACACUGACUGUGCGGGAUGUGAAACGACAGUCAGAACAGAGAAAGGAGCAACUCAAAGUUCGCAAGGAAACUGAGGAGGAUGGUGGUGGAGAGCCCUGGAGCUACAAUGGUGUAGAUACAGAGCAGCCUGCAGGUUCAAAUUAUACUCAACCCAGUAUCAAUAAUCAGGGACCCAUAUACGAGAACCUACCACCGUCUCAUUCAGCCCCGAGGAAAACGUGGUCGUCUGUCAACGCUCUGGCCACACCUGGCUCUGCCCCAAACUCCCGCCGAUCCUCUGCCCUCCAUCUCAUGAUGCCCCGCCCAUUUGUGCCAUUUGGCAGCCAGCCAACAUCAACACAGACAAGUUACAGCAGUCUUAAUGUAGACAACCAAUCAAAGACGAGUGGGAGUUAUAGACUUGGCCAAUCAGAUGAUGACUCUAUUGUCAAGGCAACUAGAGUGAUUAUCCAGCCCCAGCUGGAUGAUGCUGAUACCACUGCGAUGAGCCCCACAAGUCCUCCACGUCAUGGCAUGUUUAGUGUGAAGCGUACUCCUAGAGGGCGCUAUAUGACAAUAUCUAGUAGUCAGCCGGUGAAGUUAGAGACUACCUUAGUACAGCCAUCCACACCCAACACUGCAGCCGGAGACCUGAUCAUUAACAGAUCUCGGAUGGAUGUGCCGGAUAUCGUACAGAGCUCACAGAUGCGUGACGAUCAGACUAUAGACACAGGCACCAUUGACAAGGAGAUCCUUUUCGUACCAGACAAGGUUCUGAUCCCAGAACGGUAUAAUCCAGAAUCCGAUGAGGAGGACCUCACUGAGGAAGACCAGGCAAGGAGGCAAGAAAAGUCAGAGAAAAUCAAGAAACUUCUUGCUCAGCAAAGUAUCCACUCCAUCUCCCAGCCUGAUGUCAGCCAGGUCGCGGGGGAGCUACAUAAGAAGGUGGAGCAGGAGAAAGUGAAGCGUGCCGAGCUGCUACAGGUGGGACAAGAGCUGGCACGUCAGGUGACCCUCAAGACACGGCAAGCCGCAGCCGAGAGAAGGAAAACCUGGUCUGGAUCACCGGCCAAGUCCCCGAGGGAGCGGGAAAUGGAAUACAAUUUUCUAAAUGGACAUGACAGCGAAGUGCUAGGUCAAACACGGGAUGACUUAUAUGGACAGGCUCCUCUCCGCAUGCAAGAAAAACUCUUUAUCUGAUUGGUUAAAAGUUUUAUCAAACCGAACCUUCUGAUUAAUUGACCCAGAAGGAUUCUUCUUCUUAUUGGUCAAAAAAGGACUGUUUUCUUGCCAAAUUUCUCGUUCUUAAUGGAUCAUAUUUGAUGGAUCACCAAGCAGCUGUCUGAUAAAUGAUUGUAGCCAUGCGUACAGAAGACAUCAAAAGUUGUCACAUCAACAGAGGACAGCGAGUGUGACGGGGUGAAUAUCUGGAGAAACAACCUCUACAAUGUGAUUGGCUACAAAGUGUUAAAGUCACGAUGUGAUUGGCUUUAUCUGAGGCAAGAGCCGCAUUGUAAUGAUUUCCCCAGGUUCAGCAGUGCUGACGUUGUCAAUCGCAAAAGGAUAAAAAAGAAUGCCAAACAUUUUCCAAAAAUUGGUUUUAAUAAUAAAAGUUCACCUAGGUAUUGAUAAGAUACAGGUGAGCAAAUUUAAUGGCGAAAAAUUGAAGGAUUAUUUUGUUUAGUUUGGGGGGGGGUGGAGUCAGCUAUUUAAUGUAUGUUAUCUACCUGAGGGAAAAUAUUGGGAGGACUGCACUCUCAUUUUGGAAUGUACAUUCUCUACUAGAAGGGCUUCAAAACAUUGAUUUACAUACGUGUAUAUUGUGUUAAACUGAAACAAUGAUACACCUUACCUUAUAAUUAUGUACGUUCAAUUUAAAAGUUUUAACAUGUUAAAAUAGCGUUGUGUUAUGAAGAAUCUCGUUAGCCAUUGCUGAAGGCAAAAUUUUUUUGGUCUUAUACUGACUGAAGGCAAAAUUUACAUUUAAAUGAAAGCUACGCAAUCAUAAUUUUUCAUAGGUCCCCUUCAUGCUUUUUACUUGGCUACAGAAGUUCAAUAUGUUGGGAUAUUAAUGUGUAAUCGAUAUAUUUUCGUUUUUGAAUUUCUGUGACCGUGAGGUGUAGAGAUCAGGAUGAAAGUAUGCAGUGUUGCCAUCAGAGGGGCUCUGUCUGUUGGGUAGGCUUGUCAAUGAAAGGACAACUUGCAAUGAGAGAGAGAGAGG